CCUUAAUUAUUAAUAAAAAGUUAAAAUUAAACUAAGAAUCUUUAUAAUAUUAUGUAAAUAAGUUUGGAAUGAAUAAUUUAUGAUGAUAAUGAAAAACUGUGACGCCAAUAUGGAAAAAGUUUGCCGUACCUGUAUGAGCGUAAGCUCGGAAAUGAGAAGUGUUUUUGAUAAAGACGUUUCUAACGGGCAAGCAAUUCAAUUAUCGGAUAUGGUUAUGGCUUGUGCUGAAGUUCAGAUCAAAGAGGAUGAUGGUCUUCCAUCUCAUUUGUGUUCAGAAUGUGAAGUCAAAUUGCAAACUGCUUUUACUUUUAAAAAGCAGUGUGAAAAAUCAGACGUUACUUUUCGAGCUCUCUCUCCAGAAACUCUUGCUAAAGUAGUGAUUAAGCAAGAAUGUUUAGAUAAUUUAGACAACAUAGUUGUACAACCAGACAUUAACAAUGAUUGUACCACAUAUGAUGAUAACAAUUUCUCAGAUUCAAGUUGUAGAACCGAAAAAAAAGUUGCAAAACGUGACUCCAAACAAGACAAAAAUGAUUUGAUGUGUAAUUAUUGUUACAAGGUAUUACGCACCAAAAAAGGCCUUAAAAUUCAUAUAAGAAGACAUACAGGUGAGAAAUUGCGUACUUGUGACAUUUGUUCUGCUUCAUUUACAAAAACUGAUCAUCUAGUGAGACAUAUGAGAGUGCAUAAUUCAGAGGAAAAUCAAAAAUACAUUUGUGUUGAAUGUGGGGCAGAAUUUGCCAAAUCUUAUCAGUUAUCAAAACAUAAAAAGGAACACAUGACAGCUAAAAAUCAGGAAGAAUUUGAUGAUGAGGAUGAGCAAAAUAUGAGCAAUAAUAUCUAUUCAGAUCAUGAAAGUGACGAAGCUGUUAAAGUAACUAUGAAAAAGGAAAGAAGACGUGCGAGACUGGAACAACUUAAAACGAAAAAGAUAAUGGAAUGUGAAUUUUGUGAUAGAAAGUUUAAAUAUAGGAAAAGUUUUACACAUCACAUACAGCUGGAACACGGCAUGUCUGAUGACAAUGAUAUUCCUCUUGUUUCUGUUCUUUCAAAAAAUAUGCAAACUAAAGUGUCUCCUGAGAAAGAAAUAGAAGAAGAAGAGGAAGAGGAAGAAUCUUCAUCCAAAGUUGCUGAUGAAAACAACGUAGAUAUUUCAUCUAAUAACGAUUUAAUGGACCUAAUGUUCAUUUCUUCGGUCGCAAAAAUACACAUUUGUCACGUGUGUGACUCAUCAUUUGAUAGGAUAAACCAUUUGACAAGACACAUGACUCUGCAUAGGGCCGUACUGACCCACAAAUGCGACCGUUGCGACAAAGCAUUUGCCAGCGAGGAACACUUAACAAAGCACAAUGAUGAAGAUCAUGUAGAUAAGCCUUAUAUUUGUACUAUUUGUAACAGAAAUUUCGAGAGGGGCGAAUAUCUUAUAAGACAUUUGCGAGAGCAUGAAACUGGAGCAGUCGUUAGCAUUUUGAGGUGUUCAAUUUGUGAAAAAGUGUUCGAUAGUUCUGACCAUCUUGCUCGCCAUACGAAAGUUCACUUGCAACAAGACAAACGACACGUGUGUUCCCAAUGUGGAAAGGCUUUUAACCGCCUUGACAACCUAAAAACUCAUCAGCGUAUUCAUUCCGGUGUAAAAGACAACUCCAAACUUCACUUGUGUAUUUACUGUGGCAAAGAAUUCAAUAAUUCCAGCAAUAUGAUUGUGCAUAUGAGAAGACAUACUGGGGAACGUCCCUAUAAAUGCAGCCAAUGCGGAAAAGGUUUUCCUCGUUCCCACGAUCUUAAAUGUCACGAAAGAACCCACUCAGGAGAGAAACCAUACUUAUGCACUUUGUGUGGAAAAUCGUUUAACAAAAGUAACAAAUUGUUAAGACAUUCGAGAGUACAUACAGGCGAACGUCCCUAUGUGUGCAACUUAUGUGGUCGAGCGUUCACUCAGUCGAACGAUCUUGCACUACAUAUGCGAAGACAUACGGGAUCUCGUCCAUAUGCUUGCGGUGUUUGUCCUGCUCGGUUUAUUCAAUCGGGACAGUUAAAGAAUCACCGACGUACCACUGGUCAUUGGAUGGAAACGCAGCCUGAAUUGAAAGGAGGACAUCGUGUAGAACCAGUCACUCCAGUGACUAAACCGGCGCCGAUUAAGUUUAAAACUCAUGGCAAAAAUAAUACUGUAGAAAAAAUCGAAAAGGAAGAUCUGGAAUUAGAGGAACCACGCAUAAUGAGCCAUACUGUAGGCAUCAUGGGCAAUUUGAGCAUCCAGAACCAACCGAUUCUUAUCGACAGUAGUAAAUUGCUGGGACAUUUUCCUGGCCUAGUAAAUUUAGUUAAUGUAGAACAAAAUGUUGAAAAAUCUGAAAAUUCGGAAAAUUCGGAAACAAAUUCAAUGGAAUUAAAGUGUAAACCAGAAGUUCAAACUUUUAUGAUUUCUGGCAAAGAAGAAGAUGAAGAAACCAUUGAAGAGGAGAAUAAAAAUAAAGAAAUGGUGGGUACAUUUCCCACCAAUUCUGUGUUCACUUCUGUAACAGAUACCACGGUUACAUUCACCACGUCCGAAAGUUACAGCUAUCAAAGUUACAGGUAGAGAUCGGAAAAAGGACGUGAAAAGCAAUGCUUCUUGGUUGUACAAGGUAUGUAGGUAAUAAGUAUGUAUAGUACAUUUAAAGGAUGAUGUGAAUGAAUUUUUGUAUUAAUUAUCACAUACUUGGAAAUUUAUUUAUUUAUUGAGUUAAAUUAAUUUCAAAGCUUAUUUUAGAAUACCAAAGAAUGGCCAUCGCUUCUACUUUUUCUAAUUAAAGUCCAUAUGAUGUUUUUUAUACGUUAAAUAAAUUGUACGUGCUGCUU